AUGAAAGAAGGCUCUCUGCAAAUCAGGCGCGAAGGCGACAAUGCGAACGCAUUCCGUGACGAUAAAGGAAAUCCUACGAACCAUCCAGGUCUACGACUUCAACUGUCCGACUUUGCUUGUGAGGAACUUACAAAGGAUGAAUUCAGUGGCGAAGGACGAGAGAUAAUUAUAUCCACUCAGGAGCUUUGUCAGUAUCUUGCUGCUGCAGAAGACAAGGUCCAAGGGCAAAGAGUACUUGUCAGGCACUCUAUUCUUCCUGGAAUGAAGAAGCGCAAAAGGUCUGAAACACCGCCGGAAAAAUUGGCUUCCGAUGAUGAAGCGAAGUAUGCUGAGCGAGAGGAGAGAGCAGCGAAGCGCACAGCGGACGAUGAUCCCGAUUAUGAAGAUAGGCCGUCAACCAAGAGCUUGUUAGAGUAA